CGAAGAGAUUGGGUUGAGGGAAGGGGAGUGCAGCUGGGCGACGUUGCGGGGGAUUUGGCGGGGUCCACUUUGCUGCUGUUUCUCCACGGGGUCUCGGUGCCCCCAGGACGUGGGCUUUGUCGCCUCUUUAGAGGCUUUUUUUCCACCCCGAGCGGAGGAGGCGUCACGUGAGCCGGGGCCAUGCACGGGGGCGCGCCCUCCGGGGACAGCGCCUGCCCCCUGCGCACCAUCAAGCGCGUGCAGUUCGGCAUCCUCAGCCCCGAUGAGAUGAAACGCAUGUCAGUGACGGAGGGAGGCAUCAAGUACCCUGAGACGACAGAGGGUGGGCGCCCCAAGCUGGGGGGGCUGAUGGACCCCCGCCAGGGGGUAAUCGAGAGGACUGGGCGCUGUCAGACAUGUGCAGGGAACAUGACAGAGUGCCCAGGCCACUUUGGCCACAUUGAGCUGGCCAAGCCUGUCUUCCACGUUGGCUUCCUGGGCAAGACUAUGAAGAUUCUGCGUUGCGUCUGCUUCUUCUGCUCCAAGCUCCUGGUUGACUCGAAUAACCCCAAGAUCAAAGAUAUUCUGGGCAAGUCCAAGGGGCAGCCCAAGAAGCGCUUGACCCAUGUCUACGACCUGUGCAAGGGCAAGAACAUCUGUGAGGGGGGUGAGGAGAUGGACAACAAGUUUGGGGUGGAGCAGACCGAGGGCGAUGAGGACCUCACCAAGGAGAAGGGCCAUGGUGGGUGCGGGCGUUACCAGCCACGCAUCCGGCGCGUGGGGCUGGAGCUGUAUGCGGAGUGGAAGCAUGUGAAUGAGGACUCACAGGAGAAGAAGAUACUGCUGAGCCCUGAGCGGGUGCAUGAGAUCUUCAAGCGUAUCGCGGAUGAUGAGUGCCUGGUGCUGGGCAUGGACCCCAAGUUUGCCCGGCCUGAGUGGAUGGUGUGCACUGUGCUGCCUGUGCCCCCACUCUCUGUGCGGCCUGCCGUCGUCAUGCAAGGCUCGGCCCGCAACCAGGACGACCUGACCCACAAGCUAGCUGACAUAGUGAAGAUCAACAACCAGCUGCGGCGCAAUGAGCAGAAUGGGGCAGCUGCCCAUGUCAUUGCCGAGGACGUCAAGCUGCUGCAGUUCCAUGUGGCCACCAUGGUGGACAACGAACUGCCUGGCCUGCCCCGGGCCAUGCAGAAGUCGGGGCGGCCCCUGAAGUCCCUGAAGCAGCGGCUGAAGGGGAAGGAGGGCCGCGUGCGUGGGAACCUCAUGGGCAAGCGUGUGGACUUUUCGGCCCGCACCGUCAUCACACCCGACCCCAACCUGAGCAUUGACCAGGUGGGCGUUCCCCGCUCCAUCGCUGCCAACAUGACCUUCGCUGAAAUCGUCACCCCAUUCAACAUUGACAGACUGCAGGAGCUGGUGCGCCGGGGCAACAGUCAGUACCCUGGGGCCAAGUACAUCAUCCGGGACAAUGGUGACCGCAUUGACCUGCGUUUCCACCCCAAGCCCAGUGACCUGCACCUCCAGAUUGGCUACAAGGUGGAGCGCCACAUGUGUGAUGGGGACAUCGUCAUCUUCAACCGGCAGCCCACGCUGCACAAGAUGUCCAUGAUGGGUCAUCGAGUUCGCAUCCUGCCCUGGUCCACCUUCCGUCUCAACCUCAGCGUGACGACCCCCUACAAUGCCGACUUUGAUGGAGACGAGAUGAACCUGCACCUGCCACAGUCACUGGAGACGCGGGCAGAGAUUCAGGAGCUGGCCAUGGUGCCCCGCAUGAUCGUCACCCCCCAGUCCAACCGGCCCGUCAUGGGCAUCGUGCAGGACACGCUCACGGCUGUCCGCAAAUUCACCAAGCGCGAUGUCUUCCUGGAGCGGGGGGAAGUGAUGAAUCUGCUGAUGUUCCUGUCCACCUGGGAUGGCAAGGUGCCACAGCCGGCCAUCCUCAAGCCACGCCCACUCUGGACAGGCAAGCAGGUGUUCUCCCUCAUCAUCCCUGGGCACAUCAACUGUGUGCGCACCCACAGCACCCACCCCGAUGAUGAGGACAGCGGGCCCUACAAGCACAUCUCCCCUGGUGACACCAAGGUGAUUGUGGAGAAUGGGGAGUUGAUCAUGGGCAUCCUGUGCAAGAAGUCACUGGGCACCUCGGCUGGGUCCCUGGUGCACAUCUCCUACCUGGAGAUGGGCCAUGACGUCACCCGCCUCUUCUACAGCAACAUCCAGACAGUCAUCAACAACUGGCUGCUCAUCGAGGGUCACACCAUCGGCAUUGGAGACUCCAUCGCUGAUGCUAAGACCUACCAAGACAUCCAGAAUACCAUCAAGAAAGCCAAGCAGGAUGUCAUUGAGGUGAUCGAGAAGGCCCACAACAAUGAGCUGGAGCCAACACCGGGCAACACACUGCGCCAGACUUUUGAGAACCAGGUGAACCGCAUCCUCAAUGAUGCCCGUGACAAGACGGGCUCCUCGGCCCAGAAGUCCCUGUCCGAGUACAACAACUUCAAGUCCAUGGUGGUGUCGGGCGCCAAGGGCUCCAAGAUCAACAUCUCCCAGGUCAUUGCGGUGGUGGGGCAGCAGAACGUGGAGGGUAAGCGCAUCCCAUUUGGGUUCAAGCACCGCACCCUGCCCCACUUCAUCAAGGAUGACUACGGCCCUGAGAGCCGUGGCUUCGUGGAGAACUCGUACCUGGCCGGUCUCACGCCCACUGAGUUCUUCUUCCACGCCAUGGGUGGACGUGAGGGGCUCAUCGACACAGCUGUCAAGACUGCUGAGACAGGUUACAUCCAGCGGCGCCUGAUCAAGUCCAUGGAGUCGGUGAUGGUGAAGUAUGAUGCCACAGUGCGCAACUCUAUCAACCAGGUGGUGCAGCUGCGCUAUGGCGAGGAUGGGCUGGCAGGGGAGAGUGUCGAGUUCCAGAACCUUGCCACCCUCAAGCCCUCCAACAAGGCCUUCGAGAAGAAGUUCAAGUUCGACUAUGCCAAUGAGCGGGCGCUGCGGCGCACCCUGCAGGAGGAGAUGGUGAAGGACAUCCUGAGCAACGCCCACAUCCAGAAUGAGCUGGAGCGCGAGUUUGAGAAGAUGCGUGAGGACCGUGAGGUGCUGAGGGUCAUCUUCCCCACCGGCGAUAGCAAGGUGGUGCUGCCCUGCAACCUCCUGCGCAUGAUCUGGAACGCGCAGAAGAUCUUCCAUGUCAAUGCGCGCCUGCCCUCCGACCUGCACCCCAUCAAGGUGGUGGAAGGGGUCAAGGAGCUGAGUAAGAAGCUGGUGAUUGUGAACGGGGAUGACCCGCUGAGCCGGCAGGCGCAGGAGAAUGCCACGCUGCUCUUCAACAUCCACCUGCGCUCCACGCUCUGCGCGCGCCGCAUGAUCGAGGAGUUCCGGCUCAGCGCCCAGGCUUUCGACUGGCUGCUGGGCGAGAUCGAGUCCAAGUUCAACCAGGCCAUUGCGCACCCCGGGGAGAUGGUGGGGGCGCUGGCAGCGCAGUCAUUGGGUGAGCCGGCCACGCAGAUGACCCUCAACACCUUCCACUACGCUGGCGUGUCGGCCAAGAACGUGACACUGGGCGUCCCACGCCUCAAGGAGCUCAUCAACAUCUCCAAGAAACCCAAGACUCCCUCGCUCACUGUUUUCCUGCUGGGCCAGAGUGCCCGCGAUGCUGAGCGUGCCAAGGACAUCCUGUGCCGCCUGGAGCACACGACGCUGCGCAAGGUGACAGCCAACACGGCCAUCUACUAUGACCCGAGCCCGCAGAGCACGGUGGUGGCCGAGGACCAGGAGUGGGUCAACGUCUACUAUGAGAUGCCUGACUUCGACGUCAGCCGCAUCUCGCCCUGGCUGCUGCGCGUGGAGCUGGACCGCAAGCACAUGACCGACCGCAAGCUCACCAUGGAGCAGAUAGCUGAGAAGAUCAAUGCUGGGUUCGGGGAUGACCUGAACUGCAUCUUUAAUGAUGACAAUGCAGAGAAGCUUGUGCUGCGCAUCCGCAUCAUGAACAGCGAUGAGAACAAGAUGCAGGAGGAGGAGGAGGUGGUGGACAAGAUGGACGACGAUGUUUUCCUGCGCUGCAUCGAGUCUAACAUGCUGACUGACAUGACGUUGCAGGGCAUUGAGCAGAUCAGCAAGGUGUACAUGCACCUGCCGCAGACGGACAACAAGAAGAAGAUCAUCAUCACAGAGGAUGGGGAGUUCAAGGCGCUGCAGGAAUGGAUCCUGGAGACGGACGGUGUGAGCCUCAUGCGAGUGCUAAGCGAGAAGGACGUGGACCCUGUGCGCACCACCUCCAAUGACAUCGUCGAGAUCUUCACUGUGCUGGGCAUCGAGGCGGUGCGCAAGGCGCUGGAGCGGGAGCUCUACCAUGUCAUCUCCUUUGACGGCUCCUACGUUAACUACCGGCAUCUCGCACUGCUGUGUGACACCAUGACCUCACGUGGGCAUCUCAUGGCCAUCACACGCCACGGCGUCAACCGCCAGGACACUGGGCCCCUGAUGAAGUGCUCCUUUGAGGAGACAGUGGAUGUGCUGAUGGAGGCAGCAGCACAUGGUGAGAGCGACCCCAUGAAGGGGGUGUCGGAGAACAUCAUGUUGGGGCAGCUGGCGCCUGCCGGUACUGGCUGCUUUGACCUGUUGCUGGACGCUGAGAAGUGCAAGUUCGGCAUGGAGAUCCCCACCAACCUGCCCGGCCUGGGCGGUGCUGGCCCUACGGGCAUGUUCUUCGGGUCGGCACCUAGCCCCAUGGGGGGGAUGUCGCCAGCCAUGACGCCCUGGAACCAGGGGGCCACCCCCGCCUACGGUGCCUGGUCCCCUAGUGUGGGCAGUGGCAUGACCCCUGGCGCCGCCGGCUUCUCCCCUAGCGCUGCCUCAGAUGCCAGUGGCUUCAGCCCCGGCUACUCACCAGCCUGGUCACCCACACCUGGCUCACCUGGCUCGCCUGGGCCCUCUAGCCCCUACAUCCCCUCUCCCGGUGGUGCCAUGUCGCCCAGCUACUCACCGACCUCGCCUGCCUACGAGCCACGCUCGCCCGGGGGCUACACCCCGCAGAGCCCCAGCUACAGCCCCACCUCGCCCAGCUACAGCCCCACCUCGCCCAGCUACAGCCCCACCUCGCCCAACUACAGCCCCACCAGCCCCAGCUACAGCCCCACCAGCCCCAGCUACAGCCCCACGUCGCCCAGCUACAGCCCCACCAGCCCCAGCUACAGCCCCACGUCGCCCAGCUACAGCCCUACCAGCCCCAGCUACAGCCCCACAUCGCCCAGCUACAGCCCCACCAGCCCCAGCUACAGCCCCACGUCGCCCAGCUACAGCCCCACGUCGCCCAGCUACAGCCCCACCAGCCCCAGCUACAGCCCAACAUCGCCCAGCUACAGCCCCACCAGCCCCAGCUACAGCCCAACUUCUCCAAGCUACAGCCCAACGUCGCCCAGCUAUAGCCCGACCAGCCCCAACUACAGCCCAACGUCGCCCAACUACACCCCCACCUCUCCCAGCUACAGCCCAACGUCUCCCAGCUACAGCCCAACGUCACCCAACUACACCCCUACCUCGCCCAACUACAGCCCGACAUCUCCCAGCUAUAGCCCAACCAGCCCGAGCUACAGCCCAACAUCACCCAGCUACUCACCCUCCAGCCCCCGCUACACCCCGCAGUCGCCCACCUACACUCCCAGCUCGCCCAGCUACAGCCCGAGCAGCCCCAGCUACAGCCCCACUAGCCCCAAGUAUACCCCGACCAGCCCAAGCUACAGCCCCAGCUCGCCCGAGUACACCCCCACUUCGCCCAAGUACAGCCCCACUUCACCCAAGUACAGCCCCACCUCGCCCAAGUACAGCCCUACCUCCCCUACCUAUAGCCCCACCACUCCAAAGUACAGCCCUACUUCCCCGACCUACAGCCCAACAUCGCCCGUCUACACCCCAACCUCACCCAAGUACAGCCCUACCUCCCCAACUUACAGCCCCACCAGCCCAAAAUACAGCCCCACCUCCCCCACCUACAGCCCCACCAGCCCCAAGGGCUCCACUUACAGCCCCACGUCACCCGGCUACAGCCCCACAUCACCGACCUACAGCCUCACUAGCCCAGCCAUCAGCCCUGAUGACAGUGACGACGACAACUGAGGCCAGCGGGAGUCACUGGGGGCUGGGGGUAAAUUGAUGGGGUGGGGGUAAUAGUGUUGGGAGGAGGGGGUGGGUUUCAACUAGUUUAGGAUCCAGUUGUACAUAGCGCUUAAGACUACUGUACUAGCAAGGUUGUGGCCUGGGGGGUUGGGGGCAGUUAAACAGUAAUUGCUCCCUGUCCCAUUCUGGGGCACCCCCCCUUCUGUUUCUCUUGGGGGUGGACCAGCCCCCCCCCCCCCCAAGAUAGCCCCCUCCCCUGCCCUUUUUGCCCCAGUCUAGGGUAUUUCUAUGCUGGGGGCUUUACUGGGGGGGGCAGUUAAUUUUUUAGGGGAGGGGGAUGUAUGUAGUAAUGGUUAGAUUCUCCCCCUCUUGGUUGGGGGGGUUGCAUUGUCUGUUUUAAUCAAGGGGUAAUGAUGGGGCGUAAUUAAGGUGGGGGCACAGCUUUUCUGGUCUCCAUGGGAGACAAUGGUUGUACUGUUUUGUUUUUUUGGGGUAAUUAAAAGUUUUACUAAUUUUGAA